CGCGACACCGCAUCUCGCAAGAUACGACAUUGCAUUUUGGGGAUGGUCAACGCCAUGCUCAGUGCCAAUAAGAACCAGAGUCGAUGAAGUUUGGCAAGCGCAUGCGGUACUUGGCGGCGCCCGAGUGGGAAGGCGGGUACGUCGACUACAAGGGCCUCAAGCGCACGGUCAAGUCCCUCGCUGGCUCCGACACGGAGCGCACCGCGGGCUUCCGCAUGGCGCUCCAGCGCGAGCUCGCCAAAGUGAACGCGUCCUUCUUCUGCAUCCUCGACGACCUCGGCGCCCGCGAGACGGCCGCGCACGGCGACGUCGAGGCGCAGCUCAACGCGGCGCUGGACCUCUCGCACCGCGUCGACGCGCUGCGGCGCUUUGUCGUGCUCAACUACCUCGCGGUCGUCAAGAUCUCGAAAAAGUUUGACAAGAGCAUUGCGGGCUCGAUGCAAUCGGAGAUUUUGGCGUCCGACUUGCUCUUGCAGCCCUUCUACGCCGGCAGCUACGUCGACGACCUCUACUCGCACACGGCCGCGACCACGGACGCGCUUUUGCUGCAUCUCUUGCCGGACGCGCCCGCCGCGAGCGCCGAUGCGUCGUGCCCGAUCUGUCUCUACCAUUUCACGAGCCCCGUGACGCUGAGCUGCAGCCACACGUUUUGCUGGUCGUGCUUGGCAAAGGCGGCCGAACACCAUAUCCACGCGUGCCCGCUGUGCCGCCAAGUGCAGUCGAUCGACCCGCGCGACUACGAGAUCGACGGCUUGCUCCAGCGGUUCCUCAAGCGCUACGGCAGCCUAAUGACGCCGCCACGUAUUCUUGCGCGCGCGAUUGAGGUCGCGACCAAACACCUCGAAUCCACGCAGCUGCGACUCUCGCUCGCCCCGCCUAUGAGUCCACCACCGCUCGAGUCGAUCCCGGAAGUCGACGAGAAGCAACUGCUCUUGCCUCGCGUCGCCUGCAUCGCACACCCGCGGACGUCCCGCUCGAUGACCGCGCUCACCGCCGCCGUCGCCGCCGGGUGCCACGUCCUAUCGGUCGACGUCCAGCUGGCCGGGGACGGCUCCGUCGUCGUGCACCACGACCGCAUCGUCGACGGCAGCCUCUUUCUUGACGCCAUGGACGCCGACGCGCUCCGCGAUGCAGGGAUCCUCUCGCUCCAGCAGGUGCUCGCGACCAUCUCGGGCGUCGCCUUGUACUUUAGCGUGACGUCCGACGCGGUGAUCGCACCGCUCUUGGCGCAGCUCGAGGCCGUCUGCGUCGACGAGCGGUCGUGGUGGUCCAGCGCGCGCUUCUACAUUGCGUCCGGCAACCACUACCAGCUGCUCGCAAUCAACGGGCACCGGAGCGCAUCGCACGCGCUUCACGGCCUCCACACGGUCGCCAUCACGCACUCGAUUCCGCUUGGGUACUGCAAGAGCUUUGAGGCAUUGCACGUGUCGCACGUGUACGUUGACGCAGGCGUCGUCACGCGGCCGUUCGUGUUUGAUGCGCACAGCCGCGGUCUCCACGUCUUUGUCGGGCCCGUCAACCACGAGAACACUGCGUGGAAGGUCCUCGAGGACAUUGGCGGCGUCGACGGAAUGGUGACGCAGGACCCAAAUAUGCUCGUGUCGACGCUGCUGCAUCACGCGCUCCAGGCGCCACCGACGCCGCCGCCCACAUCGGCGGCGGUUGUGAGCGAGACGUACGCGCCGGGCGACCCGGUCGAGAUCGUCGGCCUCUACGACACCGCCAAGUGGUACCCGGGUGUCGUCCUCGGUGCGCGGACGACGGCGUCGGGCGCGACGUACGCGGUGCUGUGGUGGAUGAGCGACAACUCGCAGCGCCGCGCAACCAAAGUCCUGGGCCACCAGCUGCGCCGACCCGUGCCGCAGUACGAAGAGAGCUACUUUGGCUACGGUAUUGACGUGGCGUUUGGUGCGAUCAAGACGGCGCUCGGGUGGGCAAAAGCACCGUUCGUAUCGCCACCUCCCAGUGGCUAAGCACUCAUUAGACAAUCUCUAUAACAAACUAGUACUAUGCAUUUUGGUGGAGUCGUA